GUACCCCAACCCCGGUUGCAGUUGAACAGCGCCCCGCCAGUAUCCCAAGAUCCCAGUGUUUCUGCUAUAACCUCUCGGUUAACGGAGUGGGUCGUGUAAGCGGUGUGUGUGUGUGCUCUCUCUCUCAUUGCAUGGUGGAUGAUGGCCGCUUCAAAGCCCGUUGAGCCGCAGUCCGGGAGCAGUCUCCCCCGCUGGCAGCUGGCCCUCCUGAUCGGAACCCCUAUAGUGCUGGGUGUAGGAGCCGUUUACCUGUGGAACCGUAACAAGACGAAGGACUCACCGGGGAAACGGAACGGAGAACGGACAACUCCAGAAGGCAGCGCCAGUCCCGUCCAGGGCCAAGACGGAGCAGCUAACCGAGCUAAUCGCGAACUAGAGGACAUGAGUCCUCUGGACCGGGCCCAGGGUGCUAAGAACAAGGGCAACAAGUACUUCAAGGCUGGGAAGUAUGAGCAGGCCAUCCAUUGUUACACAGAGGCCAUCGGUCUGUGUCCUAGAGAAAACCAGACAGACCUGUCCACCUUCUACCAGAACAGAGCUGCUGCCUACGAACAGCAGAUGAUGUGGACAGAGGUGGUGCAGGACUGUACCCAGGCUGUAGAGAUGAACCCACGAUACAUCAAAGCCCUGUUCAGGAGGGCCAAGGCCCUGGAGAGACUGGACAACAAGAAGGAGUGCCUGGAAGAUGUGACGGCGGUGUGUAUCCUGGAGGCCUUCCAGAACCAGCAGAGUAUGCUGCUAGCAGACAAAGUCCUCAAACUGCUAGGGAAGGAAAAGGCCAAAGACAAAUACAAGAACCGUGACCCCCUAAUGCCGUCUCCUCAGUUCAUCAAGUCCUACUUCAGCUCUUUCACCGAUGACGUAAUCAGCCAGCCGCUUCAGAAGGGCGAGAAGAAGGACGAGGACAAGGACAACGAGGGCGAGGCCGCAGAGGUCACAGAAAGUUCUGGUUACUUGAAGGCCAAGCAGUACAUGGAGGAGGAGAACUAUGAUAAGAUCAUCAGUGAGUGCACUAAGGAGGUGGAGUCUGGGGGCCGGUACAUUGCUGAGGCCCUGUUGCUACGGGCAACCUUCUACCUCCUGAUUGGCAACGCCACCGGCGCCCAGCCCGACCUGGACCGGGUCAUUAACAUGGAGGACGCCAACAUCAAGCUGAGGGCCAAUGCUCUGAUCAAGCGUGGCAGUAUGUACAUGCAACAGCAGCAGCCUAUGAUGUCAACACAGGACUUCAACAUGGCGGCUGAGAUUGACACGCGCAACGCAGACGUCUACCACCACCGGGGACAGUUGAAGAUCCUUCUGGACCAGGUCGAGGAGGCCGUCGUGGACUUCGAUGAGUGCAUCCUGCUAAGACCUGACUCUGCUCUGGCACAGGCUCAGAAAUGCUUCGCCCUGUACAGACAGGCGUACACUGGCAACAGCCAGUCCCAGGUGCAGACGGCCAUGGACGGCUUUGAGGAAGUCAUCAGGAGAUUCCCUAAGUGUGCUGAGGGAUACGCUCUGUACGCUCAGGCUUUGACUGACCAGCAGCAGUUUGGCAAGGCAGAUCAGAUGUACAACAAGUGUAUUGACCUGGAGCCAGACAACGCUACAACAUACGUCCACAAGGGGUGAGUUAGUCGGACAACACACGUCCACAAGGG